AUGGAUUCUCACAAAGAAGCGAGGCAUUUGCUGUCCUCUUCAUUUGAUGGUGGAAGUAUUUCUCUUGUCAUUAAUGUGAAAAAGGAUAAAAGAUCAAAAGCCACCAGGUGUUUCAGAAAUUAUUGGAAGGAGCUAAAGGCCCGUUCAUUAAAUAUCCCAUCAAUUCUUCUAUUGCUCUAUGCUGCACCAAUUUCAAUCUGCACUGUAAUUUUGUAUAACAUUGCUAAUGACAUAAUUGUUCCACCCAGUCACUUAUGUUCAUUCUAUUAUCCUGGAAGUGAUGCAUUUGCUUACAGUCUGGUAACAAUUAUUGAGAAUGCCCUUUACUUUCUCAUUCCUCUUUGUGGUUGGUUAUCAGACACAAAGAUAGGACGCGGCAAUGCUAUUUAUUUUAGCCUGUGGCUCGGUUGGAUAGGAUCUCUCCUGCAGUCGAUAAGCUCUUGUUUGCAAUACAGUUCCUGUGGUCCUAUUGCUCUGACAGGUAGAUAUGCCAUUUCAGGGAUUGCUCUCCUAUUUUUAUUGGUUUCAAUGGCUUUUAUGUAUGCCAAUGUAUUAGCAUAUGGCAUUGAUCAAAUGAUGAAUACUUCAAGUAUCAAGAUACGUGCUUUUAUUCACUGGUAUGUGUGGGUACUUUUUGCCAGUGGAAAUAUCUCCUCUUAUACUAGUUUUCUUUCCAUUACACAAUAUCACACUGGUGCUCUCUCAGUUGCAGCUAUAGCAUUUCUUCUCUUCUCUCUCUCCCUUUGUCUUCAUUUUCAUCUUCAGCACCGCUUUGAACACAUACCCAUUCCAAACGUAUACAAAACCAUUUUUAAAGUUAUAAAGUGCUCCUUUGAAGGCAAAUAUUUUAAAAGGCAACGCAGUGCAUUCACAUACUGGGGAGAUGAACCAAACAGGCUUGAUUUUGCUAAGGAGAGAUAUGGUGGUAGUUUUACUCAUGAAGAAGUUGAAAAUGUUAAGACCUUUUUACGUAUUUUAGUUAUCCUGGCAGCUCUUUCUCCUUUCCUUAUAGCUUCAGAUCCUUUUAUUAAUGGAAUAUCAAGUUUUGUUCCACAAUUCAAGAAAGGAUACACAGGCCUUGAAGGAAAUGCUGGUUUUGUCGUUUGGUUUAUUGGUGAUAACACAGUACUGCUGCUCGUUCCUCUCUUUGAAUUGGUGAUAUUGCCAUUAUUUCCUAAAUUAGAAUAUUUCUUGAUCAGUCCCCUGAAAGGGCUCUGUGUGUCAUACAUUAGUCUCAUACUAUCAAUACUUAGUGUAUUUAUUAUUGACAUGGCUGGAAGAUUGACUAAUGGACCUUUUGACAUUCCCUGUUUUACUGUGUGGGAGAAAACUGAUCAAGCAAUUCAGCUCUCCUUCUGGAUACUAGUUUUACCAUCAUUACUCGCUGGCAUAUCAGAUGCUAUAACUCUUAUAUGCGUGUUUGAAUUUCUAUGCAGUCAAGCUCCUUUUGGUAUGCAUGGGAUGCUUAUUGGAUUGUUCUGGUUCCUACGUGCUAUAUUCAUUGACAUUGGCUCUGGACUUACAGUGACAUUUCAAUAUGUCAGUUUCAGUUCAAAAUCUACAAUGUCAUGCACUUCAUGGUUCACUAUUAUAUUAGGUUCUGUGGCUGUAGUUGGUAUAGUCAUAUAUAUAUUAACAGCACGGUGGUAUGUGAAGCGGGUAAGAGACCCUGACCUUGACCUUCGCUCUGCCAUUGAAGAGCAAUUUGAACAAAGACUGAUUAGAGAAGAGUCUUUUAUCGAUAAAAACAAUAAACAAAAUGAGGAUGACAUUGUUCUCAUUAAAGAGGAAAAUGCACAACAUUAA